UCAAAUCCCAAGAAUUGAGAAAAUGGGUUUUGGAUGCCUGAGGCACAUCCCUAAGUGGUCGAUGAACCAAGAUUUGAUUGUCGCCCUGGCACGGUCAUAUAACAAGGAGCGAAUGCAUUUGGAAGUUAAGACCGGAGACAUACCGGUGAAUGCACGAGUGAUAAGUCAUGCAUUGGGACUCCCUGCAAAUGGUGAUAGCUUCCCGAAAUUAGAUACGAAGAAGCAUUGUCACCUCAUAGAGACCUUUGAAGGCAGAACCCAAAAAGAGGUUAAGACCCAUGUUAUUAGAUGCUCGGUUACAAUAGAAGUAAAAAAGGAGGAGUUCCGACGCUACUUCAUAAUGUUUGUCAUGAAGGCCUUUCUGUUUGCUUCAAGUAACAAGUAUAUUAUCACUUCAUUCAUCCUGGGCAUGAUAGAUGUGCGUAAUCCAAUGAGUUUUUUUGGGGUAGACACAUCUAUGACUGUGUUAAAGAGGGCUUAAGGAAAUAUAAGGAAGAUGGCAUAAGGACUAUUGAUGGAUGCAUGUUUGCUCUUUUGGUAAGUUGAGCCAUAUCACUUGUUAUACCUAGAUUCGCUUGAAUGGUAGUGCUAAUUUGCUAAUGUGUUUUUGUGGCAGAUACUUUACUUGCAUACGAACAAACACGGGGACCUUAGGGAAUAUUCUGGUGGCGUUGAACCAUGGACUAAGGAAUGGACUGUUGCUGAGCUUAGAGAAGUAGUAAAGGAAGAACAAGUUCGGGAAUUGGUAUAGAUACAUAUGUACAAGUAUUUAAUUUUUUUACUGUGAACCUACACUUGAGAAUUAAUUAAUAGUGUUAAUAGGGUCUAAUUCAGAAGAUUGAUGAGUUAUGAAAAUCCGAGAGGGAAAAGGGCAACGUCGAUGAACCACAAAAGAGAACACAUGAUAAGCGACAGGGUGCACAAGUUAGACCUCGAACUAAGGAGCGAACAAGAAAAAGACCGAAAAAAAUUGUUGCCGAGUCAGAUGAGGAAAAAUCUCUCACCGAGACUGACGUUAGCGAUAAAAAAUUAUGUCAUAGAGAGAACCCAAGCUCAACAUCCUCAGAUAAAAUUAAUGUUCCCUUGUCUCGAGAUCGAGUGUUGAAUGCCACCAAAAUCCGGCAGGAAAGGCAAGUUUAAAUGACAUUUUACUUUAGAAUUAAUUUUAUAUUCCUUCCUUUUGUGGCUAGAUUUGUAUGAGUGUAAUUAUUCAUUAUGUUAUAUAAUAAUUGAAUGAAUUGGUGUGUAUAGUCUU